GAUUGUAUUUGUUCUUUCCCAAUUCCCACCUAGAAUUAAUUAAGCUCCUUAAAAGAAAAAUGUUGUAUGUAUUUUUUUCCAACUUAAAUUCAAAAUUUGGCGGGAAUGAAUUUAAAUUAGUUUGUUGAUUAUAGAAAAAAACAUUCUAUAUAUGGAUUAGAUUAAAUUAACUUAUAUUUUGAUGAAGAAUUUGAGGUUUUUAUAUAUGGCCAUUUGAUGGACAUCGAAAAUUGACUAUAAAUUCGUUGCAUUAAUUUGGUAUAUGUUAUUUUCAGUUGGCUGAGAAAGACUAAGUACAAACCGCACCAAGAUCAAGAAACGCGUCGUUUUGUGCCAGCUCAUCAACUUGUCUAAUGUCUGGGAUCGAUUCUCAAGAGCCCAAGAAAAUCAAGAUCAAGGAGGCACCCACCACUGCCACGGCAACGUCGACCACCACCUCCGGCGCCGGAAAGGAAGAAAAAACUGAUCAUAAAGAAAAAGACAAUAAGUUGGACCCCGAAACGACGUCUUCCGGCGAUGGUGAUCCUCAACGCCUUCCUUUUGUUUCUGAGUUUUAUGCUUAUCUUCGCGAAAUGGAGGUUGACCCAAAGAGGAGACCCUUACCUGAUUACAUGAGGAGAGUUCAGAAUGACAAUAUUACCCCUAAUAUGAGAGCAAUUUUGGUUGAUUGGCUUGUGGAGGUUGCAAACGGAUUCGACCUCACAUCCCUAGAAACUCUGUUCGUUACCGUUUCAUAUAUUGAUAAAUUUUUAUCAAUCAAGAUUCUCAAUCGGAAAAAGCUUCAGUUACUAGGAGUUUCUUCAAUCAUCAUAGCCUCAAAGUAUAAUGACGAGAUUAUCCCACCACACGUUCAAGAUAUGUGUCGUGCAACAGAUCAUGCUUACACUGUCGAAGAGAUAGUGAAGAUGGAAGCUGAGAUACGUAAGACUUUGGAAUUGGAUAAUGAAUUGAGGAGCGGCCACCCUACCUUAAUAACAUUUAUACGGAGAUUUAUGAGUGUUGAUGAAGAAAGUUUAGAAGACAAACCCAAGUAUGAAUUCCUGUGCGUGUAUCUUUCUAAGCUAGCAUUAUUGGAUUAUGAUUGUACUGUGAAAUUCCUACCUUCUUUGGUGGCAGCAUCAGUUAUCUUUCUUGCAAGACUCAUUGUUAAGCCACAAGCUCAUCCUUGGACAUUAUCCCUGCAAAAAUAUUCGAGAUACAAGCCGCCCGAGUUACAGCAAUGUGUUGUUAGUUUAAGAAAUGUGUAUCUUGGUAUAAAAUGGAAGUCUCUGGUGGCUAUAAGAGAGGAAUACAAGCAGUCUGCGGAAGACGUGUCUACUGUUGCAGAGAUACCAGCACACUAUUUCGGAGACAUUAUUAUUAGCUAGCUAGAAAUAAACAAUGACAGAAGAAAUGAAGUAAUUUUUGGAUCAUGAUGACUUGGAAAAUAGGGUUUGUCAAUACAAAAUACAAGGCCUUUGUGCUCAUGCAUGUAGCCACGGGUAUUAGUAUUUUUGAUCUGAAAUACAUUAUUGGAAUUUAUAUAUAUAUAUAUAUAUAUAUAUGCUGAUCUACAUGAAACAUGUUUGUAAUUUUUGUAAUGAUGAUUUUCUUCAUUUGUCUUGUGUAUGUUCUCACGAUUUUAUUGACUGAAA